UCACCAGAAAUGAAGUAGCUUUGGUUGCGCCAUUGACAAGAAAGAAUACAGACAAACGAGGAAGCAUCUCUCUCAUCCAUCAUCUACUUGUUAGUUGCUGUGUCACACUUGGGUUCCUUAGUAGUUGGCAUUAUCAUAUUAUUAUUAUUAUACUCCAAUCCAAGUCCAGGUUCAGAUCUCGAAGGAGGGAUCAAGAGUCAAGAUCAAGUAGAAUUGCAAGAGCACGAGAAAGAAAGAAAAAUACCACUUUGUGUGUGAGCAGGAAAGAGCUCAAACCCAUAAAUUUCUUUCAGUUUUCCAUCUUCAUUAACUGGACUACAUGGCUCAAUAGUUUUAACUGACUGAAGCUAGAUGAAGCGAAGGGCUCAUCCGCAUAAAUUUCUUCACAAAUGGACCAAAAUACUAUUUCUCUUGCUACUUCUAGGUUUUUGCUUCGGAAGUUUUGUUUUACUGGAGAAGCACCAUAGCCAGAUCAGGAUAUUUGCUUCAUUUUCUCCACCAGCUGUUUUGAGACCUAAAAUAGCUUUUCUCUUCAUAUCUAGGAAUCGGCUUCCAUUAGAUAUCGUUUGGGAUGCUUUCUUUCAGGGUGAUGAUGAAAACAGAUUUUCAAUAUUUGUUCAUUCGAGACCUGGGUUCCUUUUUAACAAUGCAACAACAAGAUCUGCAUAUUUUAUUGAUCGCCAAGUUAACAACAGUAUACAGGUAGAAUGGGGAGAGUCAAGUAUGAUCUUGGCAGAACGUAUUUUACUUAAACAUGCACUGGCAGAUCCACUAAAUACACGGUUCAUAUUUGUUUCAGACAGUUGCAUACCUCUGUACAACUUCAGCUACACGUAUGACUAUAUAAUGUCCACGCCAACUAGCUUUGUGGACAGUUUUGCUGAUACAAAAGAGGGACGCUACAACCCAAAGAUGGAUCCUAUUGUUCAUAUACAGAAUUGGAGGAAAGGAUCUCAGUGGGUUGUAUUGACCAGAAAGCAUGCAGAUAUUGUAGUGAAGGAUGACGUUGUCUUUCCUAUAUUUCAACUUCACUGUAAGAGGAAGUCAUUGCCUGAGUUUUGGCGAGAUAAUCCUGUUCCCUUAGAUAAUUCCAAGGAGCAUAACUGUAUACCAGAUGAACAUUAUGUUCAAACAUUGCUUUCUCGAGAAGGUCUUGACGAUGAGAUCACAAGAAGAAUGCUUACCCAUACAUCAUGGGAUCUUUCAUUUUCCAAAGAGCAUGAUCGACGAGGAUGGCAUCCUGUUACUUACAAGUUAGCAGAUGCUACUCCUACUCUUAUUCAGUCUUUAAAGGAUAUAGAUAACAUCUAUUAUGAGACAGAAUAUAGAAGAGAAUGGUGCACUAGCAAGGGCAAGCCCUCUCCAUGCUUCCUUUUCGCGAGAAAAUUCACUAGACCUGCAGCAUUCCGUCUUCUUAAAACGUCUGUGCUGAGUUUUAAUGAAGCCAGCAGGUAGUCAACAUUCAUUAGGUGGAUUCUAAUUUAGGUUUAACAGGUUUAGAAUCGAAAUUUAUGUAAGCUGGAGAAGUGGAAAAUGUAUAACAUAUGUACAUUAUUCAUUUAUGUUAUGUGUAGGUUAUUUGUUUUUGAUUCUACGAAAAAUUAAAUAAAUUACAAAAUAAUUUCUUCCUA